ACCCAUCAAUAUAGGUUGAACAGCCCAUAGAAAAUGUUUGCUUCAUGACUUUGAGCUUCUCUCACACAACACCACACAACUGCACCACUUUGCUAUUUAACAGUCUCAAUUUCAAAUACCAACUUCGUGUGAUGGAUAUGAACGACCCUUUGGAUUUCGAGGUAGAAGACGCCCUUCUCAAAUCCCCUCCUAUCAACAACAAAAGGAAGAAAAUUAUUGGGUUGGAUGAUCUUCUUCAAGAUCAUUACAGAGAACAGGACAAGCUUUUAGAGAAGGGCAAUAAGAAGGCUAAUACUAAGGCAAAGAAGAAGAAAAGUUCCUACGAUGAUAAAGAUAGCAAGGAAGCCAAGUUGACUAGGAUAGUUGAGAAAUGUCACAAUCAGUUGAAAGCUUUUGGUGAAGAACAGGAAAUUCCCCUCUGGGGAGUAAAAGUUUUUGGUGAUCAGAAAGCCUUUCCCCCUCUGGAGUUUCCUGAUCUUGGAAGUUGUAACCUUUUACAGUCAUUUUUGAACAACAAGCUCAAUUCUGUGGUGGAAUUGACAGAAGACAAAGGAGAUAUCUUUCUUGAAGGAUUACUAGUCAACGGUUGGCUUUCAAAAUUAGCUUUUCUGUGUGGUCAUGUAGAAAAACCAGUAGCCAUUUGGGCCUUCAACACAAUGUUAUAUUCAUCAAAAGAAGAGCUCCGCCGCUCUUCUAGCGACUUUUGGUGUGCGAUUCUAUCUUCUGAAAGGGAGGUUGAUAGGUUUCCAUUCAAAAUUGAUUGGUUUCCUGAAUAUACAGAUCUAAGAAGAGCUCUUGACAUUUUUGGGUUUCUCUUUACAUUUUCAUCCAGUGCCGAGCCUAAUAAUUUAGAUUCUGACACUGAAGGACCACCUCAAAACAUUAGAUCUUGGAUCAGAUUUAUCACUGCUUGUUGUCUGAUAAGGAGUAAAAAAGCUAUCUUUUCUGCUGUAGAAGCUGAAGAGAUAGUUGAAAUUAUUAUUUGUUUAUUCCUAGAUCGCCAGUUUCAGGGUUUGUUGGUGCUGUUGAAUGACUGCAUGGAAGCAAUUGUGAAUUACUUUACAGACCAGGAAUGGUGCUCAAGUUGUGAGAACAUAGCAAAAUUCAUUGCUUGCAGAGUCUCAAAAGAUUUGAAUUGCAUCCAAACUGUUGAAUGUAUUUCAGAAGCAAGCUCUCGUAGCAAGCAACUUAGGAGUGCUGUUGCCUAUCAAACACUGUUUACUUGUUUUGAUGGAGUCAACAGUGGAGAAGAGAUCCUCAGAUCACUUACUGCAAUUAACUUCAAAGACAAAAGUUGUGAUUUCUUCAAGAUGUAUAUACAUUUGGUUUUGAUAGAGAAUUGGGUUUUGUCCAACUCAUUAAUUGAAGACAAUCCAGUAAUCUAUGAGAUGUUCUGUCGUUAUCUUCAACAUUGUUCUACCUUAAUUUCAGCCACAAACCUACGAUCAUACGCAUCAAAGGUUCGUCAUAGGGCUGCAUAUCUUCUGCAUUUCUCCAUCUACAAAUGACUGGUUUCAGGGUGGCCAGAGAUGGCCAAAUCUUAAAGGGUGAAAGAUUUAGAAAUGCCGUGUUGCAUUGGCACCUAUCAUAUUUUGACUGUACAUGAGAUUCUUCAGACUCCCAGAAUGCACUACUCUUGUUAAGCAUGAGAUGCUUUAAUGCCAUUCUAAUAGCAAAGAUGCGGGGUGAAAUUGGUUCCUUUGCUUCUUGAUGAGGUUCUGGCUGGCAUGAAUCAAGAUUUUUUGUUCAUCCUAAGUAUAAGUUGCUAUGUGCUAACAUGUAACAACUUUUCUCAUACAUGUAACGGCAUGUGUCUGUGCCCUUUAAUGUUAAAGUCCAAAGUAACUUAUUAUUAUUAUUAUCAUGAUCCAAAGGUACCUUAUCUUCUGUGGUU